AUGGGUAAGUCAAGCUUUGACAAAUCGCAUGCAUACUCCUACGUGGAGAGUAAGAGACUGGGGAAGAAAACCUACAAAGAGCAAUAUGUCUACAUUUACAAGAAAGAUGUGCUGCAGGUCCGAGAGCAAUGCCAGUAUCCUGAGCUAGAGGGAGGAGAGGGGACGAAUAACGACACUGAGGUUUUCUCCAGAGAGCCUUUCAUUGUCCGGUUUCACUCACCCACUACCUUGGUGAAGGAUUUUGUCUUGGUGGGCCAACACACCUGUCCCAAAACGGCAAUGAAAGAGAUCGAUGAACUCUACACUGUUUUCAAUGGGAUCUGCAAGAAGUGGAAGACUGAGAAUGUGGUGAUCUUAGGGGACCUGAACGCAGCCUGCAGCUACAUCACCAUCAAGGGCUUUAAAGCUGUGCGUUUGAGAAGCGACCCCAAGUUCCGCUGGCUGAUUGGAGAUGAACAGGAUACAACCGUUCGGCAGAAGACACACUGCGCUUACGACAGGAUAGUUAUUCAUGGCAGAGAGAUGAUCUCUGGGAUAGUUCCAGAUUCAGCUAAACCCUUCAACUUUAAAGAGGAGUUCCACCUUACUGAAGAAGAGGCCUUGGAAGUCAGCGACCACUUCCCAGUAGAAGUUGACCUGAAGCCCAUCCAUCGCUAUCUCCUGCGCCAUGAACUUUAGACCCCACUGCACCAUCAACAUUACCAACAACCAUUGCAAUCAUGUUUUUACUCCCAAUUAUUUCAGUUGUAUUUAUUUAUUUCAAAUUAUUUUAGGUACUUAAAUUAAAUUAUGUAGGAGUUUAGAAAAAAAGUUAAGAGUGAUUUUUGUUGGAAUUUAUACUGUACCAAACUGUAUAUACUAUUAAGGAAAAUAAACAAACGGUGUCUUUGUCUGCACAGAGACUAAUAAACAUAAUAUAUUGGAUAUCUAAAUAUUGUGAUGUAGAAUUAAUUCUACUUUGGAUUAAUCCCUAACUCAGACUAACAUAAGGAAAUCAGUCAAU